CGGGGCCUCUUUCUAAAAGGGAUACGUUUUACUCUUAGCUUAGAGGUGUUUGGGUGAGAAAGCUGGUCGCGCCGUAUGUCGCCGUGAAACCGUCUGUUUUCUGGGCUUUAAAACGUUUUUUGCCACAGAGGAAGAGAUUGGAGGAAUACAACAGAUUGCGGCUGAUAUUUAUUUUUCUGAAGGUUUCAUUUAAAAGGCCGACCAGGCAGCGACUGCUUGGAGCCGCAGCAGCAGCAGCAUCGGGGCUUCCGUAGCUUCGUUACUCCAGAGCCUGCAAGCGGGGCUGGGGCGUCCAGCUGGCAGCCGCUGAUGCGUUUGACCGUCACUUCAACAACCGGCUGCCCGGUGGAGCUCAGUGUCCACCGGGGAGAGACUGCGGAGGGCCUGAGGAAGCUCAUCUCCCAAAAUCUGAGGCUGCAGACAGACCGAAUCAUCGUAGUGCACAAAGAAAGGCACCUGACUGCAGGCUCGCUGAUGGAGCAGGGUGUGACCGAUGGCAGCAGACUGACGCUGGUCCCAGUUGUUGAAACUGGUUCAUCGAGAUCAACUAGAGAGAGGACGGUGAUGGACACGUUGGAGAGUUUAACAGAAUCCCAGAUAAACGAUUUUCUCUUGGGCCGCAUGCCUCUGACCCUCAGCGUUGGAGCCGGUGCCCACACGAUGUAUGUGCAGCUCCAGCUGUCGCAGAAAGCGCUGGAGCUCCAGGGGAACGCGGACUCAAUGGUUCAGACCAGACGCAAGCCUCAAACUGCACAGACGGACAAUCUGAGCCACCUUGAGUCUUCCUCUGCAGGGUCCUCCUCGGGAUUCGCCGGCUCACAGCCUUCCUCUCCGCCCUUACUCUCCACUCCAUCUUCACCCGUCCUGCAGUGUAGCACUCAGAGACCCAGAACUUCCUUUAUGUCGUGUGCAAGUGUAGCGCCUGAGAGCUUCGUCAAUCCCUCGUCACAGUCUGGCUGCACGCCGCCUUCCCCUCUCGAUUCUACGUAUUCCCACAGUCUACCUCGUGCAGCUGCACCAGUCUGUCCAUCCCGGCCUGCCGGUUCUGAAGCAGGAUGCCUGAGUCCAGCACCAGCUUCCACCCUUAUAGAGGGAGAUGUUCCUGCACAUCAGUCAAGGCCUCCAGGUGCGGUCAUUGACAGUGUCGUGAGUCACUCUCCAGGCGUCUUCUCUGGGACUUUCUCUGGGACUCUGGCCUCCUGCAGUCAUGGUAACGUCACUCAUCCUCAUCGCGGCAUUUCCAUCAUUCUGCAAAUCCUCAACGACCUGCUCAGAGCUGCCAGUGACCACCAGGGGGCGUCCAUGCCUCUUUUGUGUAAUUGCUGCUCGGCCUCAAAGCUUCCAGGCAGCCAUGUCACUGCAGAGGAGUCCUGCAAAAGACCAAACAAAGCCCCGGCAUCCCAUAGCACUCAACGCAGCGGGGAUGAGAGUCGGCCGCUGCACUCCUCUGAAGAGGAGAAUAAAGCGUUGCACGGCAAGAUGGAGCGCCUCCAGCUUCUGAUGCAUCAGAGGCGUCGCCGCAGGGAGAUCCGUAGGCGUCUGCUCGUCCGUGGACUCGCUCGACCGAACCAGCAUCGUUACCACCAUUCGUAGUGCUCCGCACCGGAGAAAUUUGCUCACUGUGAUUUCUUCGUCUGGCUCUUUGAACAGAAGAGACCAUUCCACAAUAUGCAGUUCAGAAAGCAAGAGCAGGGCUCCCUGUGCAUAGCGGGGUAUCUGUUGAGUACAAGGAGAUACUGAACGUCAACGUGAGCUUUAUACAGGUCUUUAUUGACUCCGUGUACUGAGCAUAAUGGAGAUGGCUCCUAUUGUAGCAAAACAUUACAGAAAGCUGAUUUUUAGUUCUCUGGUCCACGUGUUUGGUGUUAGCUGCUGCGAGCAGAAACAAAAGAUGAUCGCUUCAGAUAACGAGGGUUUCUGUCCUCA